UUUGGGUUGGCAACCGUGUGACGUAAUGGCUGCGGAAGAUGGUUUUUUAACGUCAAUUUAGUUAAAGUUCAUUGUAGUGUUUUCAUCUCGCAUUAGUUAAGUUUCCGAGUAAUUUCCCACACUUAGCACCCAUCACAAUGUUGUGACCGCAUUUUGCCGCCCAUAUGGUAGUUUCGAGUGUUUUUUUGUGAACAGCUGUCCCACUGGGACUACCCUAACAGAACUGCUAAUGGUGUGGAGAGCCUCCGCAAUGCCCUGGUUGGCCCGCAGCAAGUGAAAGAAGAUGCGUAGCUCACUGGAUAGCGACGUGACGCCGUGCGUCGCCGGCCAACGGAAGAAGAGGUUCGCGAACCGCUGGUCCUUGCGGCACCUCAUCUAUUCUAGUCCGAUCCUGAACAGGAGGAGGAGUCAGAAUGCGUCGGGGUCGUCCAAGGCGCACCGGAGUCAUAGUGGCAAAGACACAACGGACGCCCGCCUAGGCGGCUCAUCGAAGGAUAUCGAUCGUGGCGCCCCUCAUCAUGUUGAAAUUCAUCAAGCAACGAGCAGGACAUCAGUAUUCACAACUAGCACAAAGAGCGGCGAGGUCGCCCUCUCCAUGGAGUGCCCCCUGUGCUUCGCCGAACUCACCGCCGAGGAGUUCUGGGAGCUGGCGGGGUGCGGCCACCGCGCCUGCGUCCCCUGCCUCCAGCAGUACCUCCGCGUGGAAAUCACCGAAUCUCGAGUAUGCAUAUCUUGCCCGGAGUGCUCCGAGCCGAUGCACCCAAACGAAAUCCGCAGUAUCAUCGACGACGCCGCGCUCUUCGAGAAGUACGAAGACUUCAUGGUGAGGAGAGUUUUGGCGGUCGAGCCGGACACGAGAUGGUGUCCGGCCCCGGACUGCGGUUUUGCUGUGAUAGCCAGCGAGUGCGCCAGCUGCCCCAAGCUGAAGUGCUUGCGUCCAGGCUGCGACUCGUACUUCUGUUACCAUUGCAAGGCCGAGUGGCACCCCAACCAGACGUGCGACUCGGCGAGGGCGCAGCGUUCGCCGAAUAUCAGGUCGUCGUCGAUCACGUACAGCCAGGAUUCGCAGCAUCGGGACGACAUCAAGCCGUGCCCGAGGUGCCAGGUCCUGAUCGUGAAGAUGGACGACGGAUCGUGCAAUCACAUGAUGUGCGCCGUGUGCGGAGCGGAAUUCUGUUGGCUGUGCAUGAAGGAGAUCAGCGACCUUCAUUAUCUCAGUCCCUCUGGGUGCACGUUCUGGGGGAAGAAGCCCUGGUCCCGCAAGAAGAAGAUCCUCUGGCAGUUGGGCACCCUCGUCGGCGCCCCCGUAGGCAUCGCUCUAGUCGCCGGUAUCACAGUUCCUGCAAUGAUAAUCGGUAUCCCAGUGUGGGUAGGCAGGAAAUUAUACACCAGAUACAAAACGGCGAACAAGCACAAGAGGAACGCCGCGAUCGUCGGAGGCGUAAUCGCUUCGGUGAUGAUCUCGCCGAUCCUGGCCGGGCUGGCCGUGGGGAUCGGGGUGCCGAUUUUGCUGUUUUACGUUUACGGCGUCGUGCCGGUGUCGCUCUGUCGGAGCGGCGGCUGCGGCGGCGCCUCGUCUUCCGACGACUCGGCGAUCGUGACGAACCGCGCCGGCGAUACCUCCUCGAUAGACGCGGUCAGCGCCAAGAUGGCCAACCCUUCCAUUGACGAGGCGUCGCUGUCGCUGGCGAGCGGCAGCCAGGUCUUGCGCGAGAUGGACCGCGAGUCUUCCAGCACGGUGGCGUUGGCGGGGAGCGUGGGGGGGCCGGCGAGCCACAGGUUGGAGGUGCAGGCGGACUUGGCCUCGGCGCAGCGCUUCAGCAUCAGCAGCCUGUCGGAGUCGGCGGGGGACGACGGGGGGGCUUCCACGAGGGCUCUGGCGGGCUCCAUGCUGAACUACAAGACGAACGGCAGCGACUCCUGCAGCUGCGUGACGACGGAGGACUGCGCCUCGGAGCGCGUGCGGUUCGACGACAACGUCAGCUUCAUCGCGUCGUCGCAGGCGGAGAAGACGAGCAUCGGCAGCAGCUGCAGCUUCAGGGCGAGAUGUACAACGACGAAGCCGAGUCUGGCGAGGUCGGACCGGGUUUCGGACACUUUGAGCAACGACAGUAUCUAUAUUGAUAUGGCAGCCGAAGACAAACCUCGCAAGUCUCAAGCGGCCAUCUUGCGCAGCCAGUUCUUCCAGGACGGGAAGAGCGGCGACGAUAAGACGAUCAUCGAAGUCUCCAACGAGACGUUGGACAAACAAGCGCAAGGGGACGCCGGGAACGAACUCAAGGUCAAGGUGGCGGCCUUCGAGACUUCCAAGUUAUAGUCAAGUUCCGGAUAAGACUGAUGUGCAUACGGUUAAUUUAUUUUGUUUUAUUGGCUUAAUUGUAUGUUGCAAGCUAUUGUAUUAUCGGUUUUUUAUUUUUUCCGUCUACGUGGGAUUUAAAGGAUAUAUAAUUCGUAUUUUUAAUGUAUGUACAUAAGGAUGAAUGUAAAUAGCUAAGUUCUUGAAGUUUGUGUUCAGAUAUGGAUAUUAUUGCCUUGUCUUGAAAAAAAAAACAAAAACAUACUAAACGAAACGUAGGACACCUUCGAACCGAAUUUUUCAACUGAAACGUACGAAUAAAUUAGUUUUUCGCGUCAAGACCACUUUCAUUUGGUUUUUGUACGAUUCGGCCCGCGGUGUGCCACGUUUUCCAUGUACAAGUUGAAAUAAAGCAUUACGCAGA